CUAAUGUAUAAGUAAGCCGGCGAGAAGAGCAGACGCGUUCGGGAUUUACCUCGGCCACCUACCCUACCGCUACGUGGAACUAGUGUUUAUUUGUGAAAUCGAUUACAUUAAGGCGAAAACGUCUUAUUUGAGGAUUAAUAAGAAAACAUCAUCGUGUGUUUUUUCGUGUGUUUAAUUGAUAAAAAGAAAAAAGGAGAAAAAAUUGAGAUUUUGUGUGUUAGAGUACAGCCUCGGAGUUUACAGUAUGUAACCACAUUGUGUUAGUGGCGUGUUGUAUUAGAUUCACAUCAGGAUUUACCAAACGAAAACCAAAAUAUUUCUGUGGAUUUCUUAUAACUUGUGUUAUUUGAUUUAAAUAGCUGUUGGCAGAUGUGAGGCCCGUGUUGGUCCCCUUCCACAGUUCCAUAAUCUCCUUGCUUUGUGACACGUUGGAUUUUACUCGAACCCGAUGUGAAACCAAACAUAUUCGGUGUGGUGUAUCACGACAUUAAGUCUCAAGUUUGAUUUUUACGGGAUUUCGAUAUUGGAUAUUAUUGGUGUUUACAUUGUAGAUGGCGGGCCGAACGUGGAAGUCGUGUCUUCUUGUGUACCUGGGGAUCGGGCUGGCGUUAGCCAAUGUGUGUACCAAAAUCGGUCCCCUUGGUAUGAUAACCGGGGAAAUCAAGGACUGGCAAGUGACUGCCUCCUCGACGUACCCGAAACCCUGGGACAGAAAAUGUGACGUCAAAUAUGCUCGUGUGUACCUUCCAAAUAAGUACGGGUGGUGCGCAAAAUACAAAUCCUCCUCCGAAUGGCUGAAAAUUGACCUUGGAGUAGCUGCCCGGGUAACUGGUGUGAUGGUCCAAGGUCGAGGUGACGGCAAGGAAUGGGUGACGUCAUUUAAGGUGUCAUACAGUAUGGACGAUUAUAAUGAGGAGUAUGUCACCGACCAAUACGGCAACCACAGGGUAUUGGAGGGAAACACGGACGCCUACUCCGUAAAACACGUCUAUCUAGACCGACCAAUCCUAGCUCGAUAUGUCAAAUUCCACACUGUAGCCUGGCACAGACAUCCGAGCAUGCGCGUUGAGGUCCAGGGCUGUCAAUUGUGUAAGGAAUAUAUAGGUCUGCCGCCAUACGGCCGGAUCACAGCCUCUUCCUCAGGGAAAAACCGUCGGAAAAGUUCCUGUCAGCCGGAUGAUGGUACCGUUCUCAGUAACAAGGGCUGGUGUGCCAAGCACAGUAACACUAACGAAUGGUUACAAGUAGACGUGGGUCCGCCAACCCUAAUCACGGGCAUCAUCACCAAAGGACGAGCGGACAGUAAAAAACAACACUGGGUCACCCGGUACCGGAUAUCCUACAGCAACGACACCCUCUUCUGGUACAAAUACAAAGAUCCACAGCACACGGAACCUCGGCUUUUCGGUGGCAACAGCGAUAAAAAUACAGAGAGAAUUCAUUAUAUCAACUCUCCGUUCGUCGCACGCUACAUCCGUUUCCACCCUCUGGAAUGGCAUGGCAAGAUAAGCAUGCGUGUCGGGUUGUAUGGAUGUCCCCACACAGGCGGCUGUGGGGAUGCGUUCAUGAGAGUAAACGAGGAUACGCCAUGUGUUGAAAACCUGGCUUACAAGAAAGAGGCGUGGAUUAACAGCAAGCGUCAUUACAAACGUCAUAUCCGGAAUAGGAUCGUACAUGGGCAUGCGUCGAGGGCUGUGGACGGGAGAAUAGAUGUGAGUCUGUCCAGUUGUACGAUCCUGGAUAACCUAUAUGGCGACAAUCCGAUCUGGACGGUGGACAUCGGUAAAAUCAAUCCUAUCUCCGGUGUAGUUAUUUACACAUGGCAGGAGGGCACCACCAUAGACAAUGGCGGCGACACGACGGCGCUCGAGUCGACUGAAGGAGGCACGCCGUAUAAAGACGAAAUGAUGAAUAACCUGGAUCGGCUUAUAAUAUAUGUAGAUGAUAAAUCCAAAGGAGAAGACGACUCGAGUGUUUCCGGAAAUAUGUGUGGCUAUGUGUCCAAAAUCAAUGGAGCUUUAUUCUCUCAGAAAAUCCACGUGCAGUGCGUGCGCCCCCAGGACGGACGGUAUGUGUUGGUGGAGGCGUGGGGGGCCUCCAAUAGUUGGAGCAGACUGUUCAGUGCUGUGUUAUGUGAGGUGAUGGUCUACGCAUGAUCAACAAUAAUACUCCAAAUCAAUCAUUUCAAACUCAUUGUGAUAUCCUUCAGACAGAACAUAAACAUGCUUCUGUUUUGAAGACAGACAAUUAUUUAAAAACAAAUACUGCCAUUCAUCUGAAUUUUAGCAACUUUCAGGUAAACAAGUGGUUCUCGGGACCACGUGAUGUGUGGUACGGCCAGAUGUUGGGGUAGAAGGUAUAAUGACGGAAAUACAAAACAACAUUCGUUUGAUGUUACCCACUUUUUGAAAUGUACCAUCGGCUGGCCAUUAUUUUGCAUACACACGCUCCGCAUGUGUUUUCUGAGAGAUUGUAAUUCAUUGAUGAAUUCUCUGUCCGGUGUAAAUUUAAACCGGCAUGGAAUAAUGGAGAUCGCCACUUAACAGAUAUGUAUUUGGUGACAAGGAUCACACCAUGAUGGCCGCGGGCCGCGCAUGCUCUGUUCAGUGUGAGGUUCAAAGGACAUAUAUCUACCAUACAGGGUAGAUGCCGCCGAACCAGACAAUUCACCUCGGAAUAUGACGGUGUGAUACUCACAGUGGGAUAACACAAUGUGACGUGGUGCUAUGUAAAGCGGAUUAUCCUACAGUUACUAGGACAGGUGUACACAGGUGUACUGGACGGGUACUGAUGUACUUGUAGAGUCCGUGUCCUUACACAGGUGUGCUAUGUACAGGGACACGAUACAGGUGAUAUAUAGGUACUCCUCUGUACCAAAGGAAGUGUAGAGUAACGCUGGUGUUUGUAUCAAAUACAAAAACAAACUUUAACCAGUAUAUGAAGUGCCUGGAACUACACUAAUUAAUGUCAAACGAUGUUCAUAUCCCACGAUUUCGAAGUCAACUCCAGUGGGAGUUGCUAUUAGCGUUCGUGCUAUUACCUAUUUAAAUACUUAUUCCAUUGUAGUGUAAACAACGUAUAGUCAGUUGUGUACGCCGUAUAUAGGUCACAUGUGUGAUUCGUCAUCAUAUGUGUGCGUGCGCAGAACUAACGGAUAUAGGGACAGCAGUUUGUGAUGACCAAACCCAUGUAUAACCGUAUUACCAAUCUAUAUACAAUUCGCAUUGUCUAAAUAGUAAGGGAAAUGAGCUAUAUAACAACAUGUCUAUAACAUUUUCUCUCAAAAGUAUAACAUAAAUGCAUUUGUUUUUUUAAUUCAUCGUUAUCUGAAUCUCGAGUGUCUUUUACACAGUCAUAUUUUUCUACGAUAAUUUCACGUGCUUCUAGAGCAGAACAUGACGACACUGUCCUACUGAUCAUCGCCCGUGCUACCCUGUAAUAGUGAUCACCUGUAACCAGGGUAUUUACGACCAUAUAUACAGCAUAAUAACACGUGAUCGAUCACGUGUCCACCCUAUACGACAAAUUGUAUCGAUGCCAUCAGCGUUAUUUAAGUGUAUAUUAUAUAUCAAAUGAUAACCUGAUGGGGCCCUAAAUAAACAUCGACAGGACAUCGGUAUAAACAUACUGUGUACCGUUUACUGUGAAUUAUGACACCACUGGGUCAUUUGAAAUCUAUGACUGUGUUAUAUACAAUUAUAAAAUAAGUACCAUUGCACACGGGUGACCCGUGACAUAGUUGACCGUUUUAGAAUGAAAGUAUUUUAAUUAAGUUUGAAAGAUGCUUCUCCGAAUAUGCAAGUAAAAAUCGCAAUGACGUCAUCCUUACAGAACAUUAUCAGCGCGUGAAAACAUAUUUGUACCUUCGGAGAAGUCUUUUUCGACACGAUGCGAGUGAUAUUUUGGGUAUUUUUCUCUGAAUAGUUAUCUGUAUAUAACUGAGAAUAUAAUUCUAGUGUCUAGUGUCUGGACUGAAUAUUGUUGUACCGUUACCGUAGUACUGCUUGUAAAUAGAUUAUUGUUAUCGAUAUUAAUUUAUAUUUAUUCAUAAUCGUCAUUGCGCAUGUCUGAGUGCUCGUGUGUUAGGAUAAGGGUUUCGUCACACAAAUGCUCCAGUUCGGUGCGUGACUAAACAUAAUUAAAAUUAAGACCAGUUGAAAUUUAAUUUGAUAUUUUUGAAUUGGUCAGUAUCAUUAUAUUUUCCAAAGGUAUCAAAAUAAAACUCAAUUGUCUUUUUAAAAAAUAUUAAUUGGACCAUAUCCAAAUGCCGGUCUGUGAAGCUAAAAUUGAAGCAUUUGUGUGGCAAAAUCCUAAAGAUCGGUGUGAAAGAAAAAUGUUGUUUUUGUAAAUUAUGUAUCAUAAGGAUAGUCCGAUGAUAAUAGGAUUUUAAAGAAUUCUCGUGAGUUCUUUCCAUGUAACAUUGAAUCCCAUUGGUGUACCUUGCAUGACUAACACGUCCUUCCCGUAUAUAGCAGUGCCGAAAUGCCCGCGUCAUAAUGACUGUACUCAUUUUUUACCUAAAUGUAAAAUGGACGAUUCGGAAAACUCUAAAACAUCAUUAGGUCGUGUUAAACGAUGAUCUACCUGGACUUAAACCAGGCAACUCGGAGUCCAUCAAACCGUUAAUAUCGGACAUCAAAUGCCGGCGUUAUAUAGCCAGUGUAUUCCAAAUCGACCAAAUAGAGGAUAGGUCUAUAUUCUCAGAAUACUGCAUAACGAAUUUCGGAAUUGAUACAAAAUACCAAAUGAAAGCAACAAUGAAUAUCUUAUCGAUAAUGUUUCGUUGAUAACGACCAAUCCUUCUAUUCAUUCGAGGGAUAAUAUUUUUUCAUUAGAAUCACAAUAAACAAAACCGGUGUCACACAACCCAGAAUAUCGAAUUAUAAACGUUUCUUUUUCUAAUUCCAAAUAAAACUCUACUCUCUCUCUCUCUAUGUGUUAAGGUUCCUAGCCGGAACCCCCUGGCCCCUUAGGGUAUCCUAAUAGUGCUAUGCCUUCCUCGGUACCAUUUUAAUUUCUCCACUCUGUUUUCAUGAUAAGAUACAAAUUAUAUGUAAAGGUGACCUCAUUAUCUGUGUAAUGAAUGACGUCAUGUUGCUUUUCGACAUAAGUUUGUUAAACUACAAGUAGUUGCAUUUUCGCGGUUUUAGCCUCGAAUUCUACAUUCGAAUUGAAACAAAAAUGUUUGAUGGUAUUCAAAAUAGAAAUUGAAUAGCAUAAAUGAAAAAGAAAGGAAGUACUAGUGAUUUUAGGCAUUUUCAUAAACAAUACUUAGUGGUACUUCGUAAUGCAUAACCAUGCAUUUACAUUUGAUAUUCUUAAAUUUAUGCAUGGUACUAAUACUUUGAUUGAAGAAUACUUAUCUUACUGUAUUUGUUUGACUGUUGUGACCUUUGAACUUGACCCCAGGACCCCUUAGGCUUCCUGUGUGACCCUUUCAGACAGAGCUGUUAUAUCGUUGUUAUCGGAUGUACAAAAAUGUUAAUUAUAAUAUAAAAAACCACAAAA